AGCACCUGAUCAGUUCAUCCCAGCCGUUCGUCUCCCAUCUCCUCCCUAUAAAAACCGGUAUCUCUGACUAGGGCCGUCUCUCUUUGAUUUCUCCAGGAUUUCAGUCUUCCCACAAGCAGGAGGAGAGACUGUGAGGGUUUUUCGGCGGCCUUCCCAAAGGUCACCGCAGUGAGUAGUAAAAAUGGCGGAUGGAACACAUCAUCCAUCUAUAAUUCAAAAGAUAAACGGGCAAUCUUCCCUCUGCUCUAGGCUCUCUCCCACCUUGCAGGCCAGGAAUGCUAGCAUCCAUAGUCUGUCCAGAGCAUAUGUUAAUGGAGGCCUUCAGAGUCCCCUGUUCCAGGCUCGCCAAGGCAAUGGGGUUAAUGGCCUUUCACUCAUCUCUUCACCUGUGUUUGUCCAGGCACCCUCAGAGAAAGGUGCUAAAGGUUUCCUUAUUGAUUUCCUCAUGGGAGGAGUUUCUGCUGCCGUCUCGAAAACUGCAGCUGCUCCAAUUGAGCGUGUGAAGCUCUUGAUCCAGAAUCAGGAUGAAAUGAUCAAGGCCGGUCGGCUCUCAGAGCCCUACAAGGGAAUUGGGGACUGCUUUGCCAGAACGAUCAAGGAUGAAGGCUUCCUCGCAUUAUGGAGAGGAAAUACUGCCAAUGUCAUCCGUUACUUUCCCACCCAGGCCUUGAACUUUGCUUUUAAAGAUUACUUCAAGCGGCUUUUCAACUUCAAGAAGGAUAGGGACGGCUACUGGAAAUGGUUUGCUGGGAACUUGGCUUCUGGAGGUGCGGCCGGAGCUUCUUCCCUCCUUUUUGUCUACUCCCUUGAUUAUGCUCGAACCCGUCUGGCAAAUGAUGCUAAGGCUGCCAAGAAGGGUGGGGAAAGGCAGUUCAACGGCCUGAUCGAUGUCUACAGGAAAACUUUGAAGUCUGAUGGCAUUGCUGGGCUUUACCGUGGAUUUAACAUCUCAUGCGUUGGCAUCAUCGUGUAUCGUGGGCUAUAUUUUGGAAUGUAUGAUUCUCUGAAGCCGGUUGUGUUGACCGGUCAGUUGCAGGAUAGCUUCCUUGCGAGUUUCCUGUUGGGAUGGGGAAUCACCAUUGGUGCUGGGUUGGCAUCCUACCCGAUCGAUACAGUCCGUAGAAGGAUGAUGAUGACCUCUGGCGAAGCUGUCAAGUACAAGAGCUCCUUGGAUGCAUUCAACCAGAUCCUCAAGAACGAGGGGGCUAAGUCCCUCUUCAAGGGCGCUGGUGCAAACAUCCUGCGUGCGGUCGCAGGUGCUGGUGUGCUUGCUGGUUAUGACAAGCUGCAGCUGAUAGUCUUAGGGAAGAAGUACGGAUCUGGCGGCGGCUAACUACCAUUAGGCAGAUUAAAAUUACAGGAGUGAUGAUGAUGAACAAGGACAAAGGUAAUUUUGUUUUCUCCCCUUCUAGUUUUGAAUAAUUUGAGCAGCGGAUAUAUUUUUUUCUGCCAAACUGAAACUCCUGUAUGGUUUUGGUUUUCCUGAUUCCAAAGUGCAGUAGUGGUAGGUACUCAGAAUCUGAUACUACAUGGUUGCAGCAUUCCAUUGUUAUGGCUGCUGUGUAGUCUUCAGUUCGUUUUUUUGGGAAGAGAAUAAUUUUAUAUGGCAUCAUGUUGUUAUCCUAGCAUCGUUUUUGUUGGAUUUGGGGACUAAGUUGUAUCCAGAUACUGUUUUUUU